UAAGCUAGGUUAACGGCUGGUGGUGUGUCGUAGAUCGUUGUUUGACAUCUUACCCGCGGAGAAAUAGUCCUGGACCGCGUAGAAGACCUCGUUACAAUUUUCUCGUAUUUGUCUGGGAUGUAUGGAUGGAUAGUUGACGGAAUCUCGUCGCUGUUUGAGCCCAUUUCGGGGCAAAACCCCACCGAGUGGCCCGGGAAAGGUAACGUUAGCCAGGAGGAACCCACGCGACCUGGCGUGAGAGCGGCAGCACGGCGGCAGGAGAGCAACGGCAGACCGGCAAAACGGAACUACCAGAGUGUGCAUGUUCCAGAUGGUGUUUGCCAGACUGACCAGGUAGAGGUGAAAAGGCGCAGGCGAGAUGUAGUAAUCAGCUUUGUAAAGAAGACUGUGGCUGGUGUAGCAGGUCUACUCGGGCUGCGGAAACCGCUGUCUACCAAGUGUGAGAAGCCCAGGCAAUGUGAAGAGACACAGCCUGUCAUUCUGAUGGGCAUAGAUGAGCUUCAGACCUCAUGGCUGAACAGUGCUGAGUGGAGAAUGGAUAAACCGGCUGGUGGAGUAAAUGAGAGGGGUGGGAAGAAUCCCUAUCAGAGCUCUUCACUUCCUUUAAUGAGAAAAUACAGUGGGACAGCACUUUCUGCAGGUCUCCCAGACAGAGGGAAGGACCGGGAGUGGAGAGGCUCCCUCCAGCUGCUGCCUUCGAGGCCUACUCUCAGGGUGGGAAAUGCUAGUUCUGACCCAACGUGUAAUGGCUUUGGACACAACCGCAACUACAAGCCCAGUCUUACUGUGGAAGAGGCCAUAAAGCAGAACAAUAAAGAGCACUACAGACGCUUGGUGGAGAUGGUGACAGAGAAAUACAGCAAAAGUCAACCACUACCUUUCAAUCAAACAAAACCACAAGAUGAGUCGCUGUCACACGUUGAUCACAAAACUGCUGCUUCAGGAAAUACCUUUGAAUCAGUGCCCAGAAAGACGGGAUACACAGCUGUGCCAAAUGUAUUUACAUGGAGAAAUGCAUCUGCAACGAAGGACAGGUGGGGUGGCUUGACCUUCAGUAAGUCAUUCAGUGGAGCCUUUGAGGACAAACAGCCUGUUAGAUGUACAAAGCAGAAACAAGCAGCAGAGGUGGAUCUUUCUACAGAAGUGGCUACUCGCCUCAAGCUAGUCGACAGAGACACUCCUGCUGUCAGCCUGCCUGAAACACAUUCUGCACAUACAUGGCACAGUGAGGAGGACAUACCUAGGCUGACCAAGGAAAUGGUCGUGGAGGUGAGUGGAGCUCUGGCUCAGAGUGAUCCCAACCUUGUUCUCAGUGCAGCUUUCAAACUUCGCAUCACACAGAGAGACCUGGCCACACUCCAGGAAGGCGGCUGGCUCAACGACGAGGUAAUGAACUUCUACCUUUCGCUGGUCAUGGAGCGGUGCUCUGGCGAAGCAGGACGAUUCAAAGUCUACUCCUUCAGCACCUUCUUUUUCCCAAAGCUGCGGGGUGGGGGAGGAGGAGGAGGGGGGCAGGUUGGAGGACAUGCUGCUGUGAAGCGAUGGACCAAAGCUGUCGACCUCUUCCUCUUUGACCUCAUUCUGGUUCCUCUGCAUCUGGGCGUCCACUGGGCAAUGGCGGUGAUUGAUUUUACAUCAAAAACAGUGAAGUCAUACGACUCAAUGGGCCAGAGACAUGACGACAUCUGCAGUCUUUUGCUACUCUACCUUAAAGAGGAGCACAAAGCAAAGAAAGGCAGAGAGCUUGACUGUGCCAAAUGGACUGUUGGAAGCUUAAGAGCUGGCGAAAUUCCCCAGCAGAAAAAUGGGAGUGACUGUGGUGUUUUUGCAUGUAAAUACGCUGACUUUAUCGCAAAAGGCAGGCCUCUCACCUUUAAACAGUGCCACAUGCCUCUCUUCAGGAAGUUAAUGAUGUGGGAAAUCCUCAAUCAGAAGCUGCUAUAGAGGAUCGCAGUAAUCUCAUUUAACUUCCUAACAAAACAGACUUUGUCAGUGGGAGCAACAUCUGUGUACAGCAACUACGUGUUGAAGACAAAAGGAAAAAAUGGGCCAAAGAAGUGGACAUUACCGACUGAAAUCAAACUCAGUCUUGCUCUUCUGAUCUGGAGAAAUAAACGCUAGUCUUAAGGAAUAUUUAUGUCUCUUUUCCUGUCAGGGACAUAUUAAGUAUUUGUAAUCUCUGAGUUGUAAUUGGAGACGUUAUUGGGAUGUAAGAAAUGUGCGUCUUACACAAACUUUGGCACUACUGACUGAAUGGCUUUUUAUUGACAUUGGAUUGUUCAUUUUACUGUUUGAAGUACCUGAAGUGCCUUCCGCCCUCUCACACUGAGCUCAGCUUAGAACGUGCUUUUCUCUUUCAGGAAAUGACUUGGUUAUUUAUGACUCAACUUCAGUACUGAGGAGCUUGAUUCAGAAUUCAUUGAAGUAGAUUGUUGUGGGUCACUGAUAUUUUGGUGUAAUUUGGCUGUUCCCCUUCCCAUCCUGAUCAGAGUGGAUGGCAAAUAAUUAUAGUGACUUUUAGUCAUGAAACUGUUUGUAAAAUAUAGACAAUGAAAAUAAGAUACCUCCUCUGAAGACCUUUUUUUUAGACAAUAAGUGCAUGAUUGAGUGCUUGUUGUAAUAACAUGUUUGUUUUGCUAUUUAUGACUUGACUGGAUGAGAAAAUGAAAACUUUUGGAGUGUGUGUAUAUUAUUCCUCUACGAGUAGAGUAUUAAUGGUUGUUUCCCCGUAUUUACCAUAAAGCGCUGUUACAUCUGUGAAUCUUUUCAACGAGCUUACUGCAAGAGGCUAUUUAGGGCUAUUACAAAGACUUAGAUGAUAGUCUACUCCAUAGUGAACUACUGUAUGCACAUGCAUGUUUGUGUUCAUGUUUAAAAAAUGUGAGUUUUUUUUGUUCCUGUAAUAAAGUAUUUUGUUUUGUA